AACCUCCUGCUGAUUGUGGUUAUCUGUGUGAACAGAAGCUUACAUGAACCUAUGUACAUGUUUCUGUGCAGCCUGUUUGUAAAUGAACUGUAUGGUAGUACAGGGUUGUUUCCAUUGCUGCUGCUUCAGAUCCUCUCUGACAUUCACACUGUCUCUGCUUCAGCUUGUUUCCUGCAGAUUUAUUGGGUUCAUUUCUACGGCAGUGUCGAGUUUUUUACCUUGGGAGUCAUGUCUUAUGACAGGUACCUGGCUAUCUGUCAUCCUCUGCAAUAUCAGACACGUAUGACGACUGCCAGAGUCGCAGUCCUCACUGCGUUCAUGUGGUUGUACAGUGUCCUCACAACUGUUGUCAUGAUGUCUCUGAGCGUCCCUCUGCAGCUGUGUGGGAACACUAUUCAGAAAGUUUACUGUGACAACUACUCCAUCGUUAAGCUGGCGUGCUUCGACACCACGGUCAAUAACAUCUAUGGGAUGGUUUACAUGUUCACUGUGAUAGUAACUCUUAUCAUUCUGAUCCUCUACACGUACAUCAGGAUCCUUUACGUCUGUUUCUCUGGCUGUAAACAGACGAGACAGAAAGCCGUCAGCACCUGCAUGCCUCACCUCGCCUCUCUGCUCAACUUCUCCUUCGGGGCUUUCUUUGAAAUAAUGCAGGGCAGGUUUGAUAUGAGCAGUGUGCCCAUCAUGCUGCGCAUCUUUUUGUCUUUAUACUGGCUCACGUGUCAGCCGCUCUUUAACCCUGUACUGUACGGACUGAACAUGUCCAAGAUACGUGUCAUAUGUAAAAGUCUGGCUUUUGGUAAAAGAAUAUAAAACUACUGCAAGAAACAGGAACAAACA